GAACACAUGAAGGUGAUCUUCCUCAUCUGAGAGAGGGAGAAUGGGCGGAAGUCCAGCUUGCACACACCACAACUGUGACCUUCAGCGGCGCCCUUUCCUUUCCAACAAACAGACUCGUCCCAUUAUGCAUGCGCCAGGUGGUUAGUUCACCACUGGUGAUGUUAUUGUCAUUACAGCCAUCAUAUCCCUCCACAACACCCCCUGUUUUCUCUUUUAAUUCACACAUUCAAAGACAAUGUUUGUUGUUCAUUUUGCUAUUCACUCGCAUGAAUGUCCCUACUUCACCACUAAGAAGUUGGAGCGUGUUGGGUAGUAGUUCAUGAACAAAGGCCCAGGAAAUUUGGGAUUUGGUUGAGUUCCAGACCCCUGAGCAAGGCACAGGCUCCUGGCUUCAUUCAUGGUCCAACAGCUUAGCAGAGUGGUGGGCCUUCCAGGUUCUUCUCUGCCACGGUGGACAGCCAGAGUCACGCCAUAAUGAGGCGACAUCCCUUAAUCUUGACUGGGCAACGACUACAAUGUGUGAUGUCUAUGUAUGUGUGUCUGGGUGUGUAUGUGUGUAUUGGGGGGGCGGGGCGGGGGGGGAAGCCAAUUUUCCAGCCAAAUUCCUCCCCCCAGGCUCCGUGGACUGUAGCUAGCCCCUGCCAGUCACAGCUCACAGCAGUGACUGCCGGAGGUAAGAUGUAGGCUGACUGCUGGGAUGUGGUCAGACCAGCAGGCCCGAGGGACGCCAGGUGAACCAACAGCUGAACAUCUGAAACAGAAGGGAACAAAACCCAGGGCCCACACUCACGCCUCGAUCCCCAGACCAGUACAAAUGCUGAUUACGGAACAGUUCAGUAUGUGCAAUCAUUUUUGACAUUAUUCCCAUGACAUAAUAUGGGGGUCAGGACAACACCUGAUCCCAGGUCAGCCUUUACCCUCUUAGACAUCUUGUGAGGUACAGAGGAUGGAUUUAGGCCUGGCACGUUGACAAAACUCUCAUUCCUGACACUCUGGAAGCCUCCGUUCCUCCCGUCCUUCCCUUGUGCCAGGAUGGCACUGUGGUUGGGUUUAGCAUUUAUGAGUUAUCUGACACAUCAGCAGUGUCGUACUGCAUCAAUAUUCCUUGCUCAUAGACUAUCAGAGCUCAAACCACUAUACGCUUAACUUCAUGGCAUGGCAUUGAGAGGGUGUGAUUAAAGUAAGACAAGGACAAUUAAAUGUGGUUUGGUUGUUGGCCAAAAUAUCUUGAAUUGUUCUCAGAAUUGUAUUAUUUUGUUUAGGGGGUUUUGUAUUUUAAACAGAACAAUGUUUGCGGUCCACAUCAUCAUUACCUUGUAAUGAAAUUAUCCCCCAAAAUACUGUAUAUACAUAAUCAACAACAAUAAGUAAACUUCUUUAAAUGAAUCCCACAAAACCCACACAGUUUGAAGUCAUAUACAAUAAACUGUACAGUAAUGUUUCUUCACAGUUCCACUUGCACCUCUAUUUCUCACACAGUUUAGCAAUUUGCAUGUAUUUGUGCAAAAACUUCCUGUGAAUAAUUCCCGCCUCCAUAUCUCCAUAUGAUGCUAGGUGUCUUCCAUCUGCAUAUGUUUCUGCUGAAACACUGCUGACAGAAUCAGAACAAGUAAAUGAGAUAUUUCACACAUGGGACAAAAACAAUAGUUGUUUGUCAUUCCUGUCAAAGUGAGAAUUAAUCAAUGUUGUGCUGUCUAUAGAUACUGGCGUUUCAUCAGAUUUUUACUGCAAUACUAUAGUAUAUGGAGCAGGGGCGAAUCUAGGUUCCCACUUUUGGGGGGGCUAAGCCCCUAUAUAACAUCUAUAAUUUUUUCUGUGACCCAGCAAAACUAAGGGGGUCUGGGGGCAUGUUCCCCAGAAGAAAUUUUUGAAAAUAUCCUUUUAAAUAGUGUCCUGUAGUGGGUUUGUUUGUAACAUGUGGUUUGUCACUCCUUGUUUAGACUAUAAGGAUUAGUUGCCGUGAAACCUCACUGCCGUUUUUAGUCACUCCUUGUAUUUCUCCUCCACCAAGGCCUCCUAGAAAUACAAGGAGUGAUACAAAGAGUGAUAUCUUCCAUUUUGUUAUUUAUUUUGUGACAACCCUUUUCAUGUUCCGACAGUAGACAAUUAAGGGAAGGCAGUUUUUUUCUUUAAACCGAGCUCAGGGGCUAUUCUGGAGUGUGUGUAUUAAAUUUUUAUGUGAAAAGGGAUGGGCCUACUCUUUUUCCUUUCUCCUGCAUAAUGAUUUAUUGCCCAAAAAGACCAGAGAACUAAUUAACAGAGUAAUUAAUUAAUACAAAUUUGCAUAUUUGCAUUUGCAAUUAGUGCAGUCAAGUGAUUACUCUGAAAUGGGAAGUUUGACUCAUCAGAUGUUGGUGUGUGUACUGGACCGGAAAGACCGUCGCCAGCUGAGGCUACGAAGGGAGGGGUGUGUAUGUAUAUGUGUGUUUUGUGUAUGUAAGCAUGCUUGUGUGUGUGAGAGAGAGCAUGUGUGUGUGUGAGUGCGUGUGUGUGUAACUGUGUGUUGGUGUGUCUGGGUGAACAUUGGUCUGAACAAUUUACAUGAAUGGAACCAGAAUGCUAUAGUAAUUGUUCUGCUCAUUUGUGCUCCACAUGAAAAACAAUUAAUAUUAGCAAAAAAAAAACACCAUACACAUGUAGGCUCAUCCCGGGGUUCUCUGAGUUUCCAAAACAUCUUGUUAAAUUUAAAAUCAUAAACAGUGGUUACAAUUCAGGGAAGGAGUGUUUUGGUGAUACUUUGUUGAGGCUGGGGUCUAUCUGAACUGUGUUGUUCAGUCUCAUCCUUUGUCUUCAAUAACACUGUCACACACAUAUGAGCAAGAGUGCUGAAUCUCUCAAUCAGUGCCAGCUCAGCCAGUUGUUAAAUGUCCUUGACAAGAUGACCCGAAUCAAAGGAGAACCAUCAAUCAUCUGUCUGUCACUCAGGUGUGUGAGCAACUUAAGCUGGUGAGCAAUUUGAUACAGUAAGUCAUGGUGCAUUGAUUACAAUAAUUCACUAUAUGUAACUCCAACAUGAUAAGCAACAUUAAUUUGACAUGAACUGAGCUAUAUGUUGCUUGACACUUUUGCUACUACAUUUGGAGUGUGGGACCCUUUAAACAUUUGUGUUGGCAGCUAGCUUUAAAAUGUACUUGAUAUGCCCUGGUGGCUCACUGGGUAAGACCCUGUACUACUGAGGCUAAGGCCGUAAAGCAGGGGCCCGGGUUGGUUUCCAGUCAGAAACAUUUUCGGCAGGUUUUUCUCUCUCUCUCUCCCUGCUUUUCAAUCACUCUCUCAACGGUUUAAAAAGAAAUGUUAAAGCUAAAAAAGGCCCCCGAAAUUAUUUUUUUUAUACGUACAAAUACAAACAAAAACCAUCAAUUACUUGAUAUUCAUCAAUCAAUAAUCCAGGAUUAUGCAUCUGAAGACAAACUAUUUGAUUCAAUUGCUUUAUACCUACAGUUUUUAAAUAUACACCCUAAGAUAAGGCCUUCCUGAUCAGGUCCUCAAAGCUUUGAGAUGGCCAGAUGAAGGAGCGAACAGAGAGAUCAGGCCACGUGACAAGCACUGCCACGUGACGUUGGCUCCAGAUGGCAUGGGUACCAGCUCUGGCACUGUUGGCAUCGGUGUCAUUUCUCAAAGAGGAGAGAGCGCACAGGAGACGGGAAGAAGGAGAGGGAAAAGGAGUCUCUCACUGGCGCUUCUGAAGCCAUACAUAAACUGUAGCGCCUCAGAAAACGACUAAAAGAUAACCUCGGAAGAUGAGCUGUGCAAUCUGACACGAGAUCCAGACGAUGUUGACCUUACCGUUUGAUGAACAAGCCAUGAUGCGGGAAAGGGAGAGUCACUUUGGAACAAACUUUUCUCUGGACUUCGUGGGUGACACAAAGGUCAGUAAGCAGGACCCUUUUAUAAAAUCAGACACCGUCUCACAGGCCGACAUAAGAUCAAUGGAGGAGGACGAGUCGGACAGGGAAGACGACGAGAGAGAGGAGGGACAUGACGAGAACGGCUUACCAAGAAGGAGAGGAUCUCGGAAGAAGAAAAUGACAAAGGCUCGAAUCGAUAGGGUCAAACUGAGGCGCAUGGAGGCCAACACGCGCGAGCGAAACAGGAUGCACGGGCUCAACAACGCGCUGGAAAGCUUGCGAAAGGUCGUACCCUGCUACUCCAAAACUCAGAAACUGUCUAAAAUAGAAACCCUCCGUCUGGCGAAGAAUUACAUAUGGGCUCUAUCUGAGAUUCUCAACACCGGUAAGAGACCGGACCUAUUAACCUUUGUUCAGACGUUGUGUAAAGGACUUUCUCAGCCAACAACAAAUUUAGUUGCGGGUUGUCUACAACUGAAUGCCAGAAACUUCAUCACAGACCACAGCGGAGAGGCCUCGUUCCCAGGCAGGUCGCCAUUCGACGCCAUCUACCCACCUUACCACAGCUCCGAGGUCGUGGCUCCAGCCGGUCACGGAAACAACACCAUGGACAGCGCCAAGCCCUUCAGGCCCUACAACCACUGUACUUCCUAUGAAUCGUUUUACGAGAGCACGUCACCGGAGUGCUCAAGCCCGCCGUUCGAAGCUCCUCUCAGCCCGCCUCUCAACUUUAACGGUAUAUUCUCCCUCAAGCACGAAGACCCGGCGGACUACGGGAAAAGCUGUCACUAUGGAAUGCGUUACUGCGCGGUGGCAGGGCGAAGCUCUAUCGUUCAGAAUUCGAUGUCGAGAGGGUCGUCAGACAUCCACGUCCCCUAUGACAUGCACCUCCGCAGUCAGUUUUACCCGAUGCAAGAUGAAUUCAACACUCCCUUUCGUAAUUAAUGACCAAAAUAGAGUCCAAAUGUGACCACCUCUUAUUUGAGUAAUUACUGGAAAAAUAAAUGAAACACUUUACCCACAUAUAUUAUUUACAACAGAGCGCUUUUUAGGUUAGGCACUUGGUUGUGGGCCAUCUGAUGGGUGAUCAUUAAUUCAUUGUAAUUGAAUGGUAAUUGCCCUACGGGUAAACACAUUUUGUCCUGCAAUCCCAUCAGGCAAAACACUAGGCAGUGGAAACAUUGAUUUGUGAAGUGGUUGUAUCAUACAUUGCUAUACCCAGUGAAGUAAAGCAAAUUGUCAUUACAAGUGCAAAUGUUUAAAUCAAUUUAUUUUCGGCCACUUUCUGUUGAACAGUGUAUGUCGUGUCCUCUGAGCCUUUAAUAGCCUAGAGUCUGAAUUGAAUCCCACGAAAUAGUUCAAUUGUGCAAAGUCGUUAAUCAGACAGCAAUAAAGGCAACGGGAGCUAUGCAAUAAAUGAACUUCAGACAUCGCAGGAACUCUAUUAUUCUCCUUAAACGGCGCAGGCCAGUCAAGUACUUGUCAACCAAAAUAAAUUAGUUAUUUAACAAGAUUAGUGAACAGGCCCAUAGUCUGCGGCCACGAGCAGUUGCUACGAUAGUCAACAAAGUUGUGCAAAAGGCUCCCAUCUUUGUUUUUUGUUUCAGUCAUUAUCAAUGUCAUUUUUGUUCAACAUUCUUCGGCCUAGGGAACUGGUUUUAUUUUUCUUACGUCCUAUAGGCUACACUAGGCUUACAUUGUGCAGUUUCUAGUGUAAAAAAAGUUAUUAUUGUGUGACCUACGAAUCGAAGAAUGUAUAUUUGUCAUAUUUAUUAAAGAUUUAAAUGUUUGUAAAUAAAGGGGCAACGUUAUAUUGUAUUCGUACGGACAUGAAAUAGGCCAACAUUUCUCAGAAAAAACCGGCCAGACUUUUCAUUUAUUUAAUGAGCGCUCGUGAUAACCUAUACUGGUAGAUUUUGAUGCUUUUGAUGUUAUGACACGUUGAUACUCUUGCUAAUUAUGUUAAUUAAGCACGCGGUGACUAGCCUACAUUUUAUGCAACGUUUUUGCUCUAUCACAAUUUAGUAUUGUCGAAUCGUUAGCCUACUCCUAAGAAAUGUACAAAUCCAAGUAAGUUAUUCAUUUGGCUUACAUUUUGUUUUUUGUGAAUGAAAGCACUCACCUGAUUCAAUUUCGUUAAUUGAAAAUUGAUUGUUUCCCCUUAAUUUGUACAUAAAUUAUGUGUCAUCACAGAUGUUCCAAAUGUAUUUUAACAUGAUUGUAAACUGAAUUCGAUACUGUUUGGCGCAUUAUAUUGUUUUCCCUUCUUUGA